CCUGGGUCUGUACUACGGUCCGUCCCCGGCUGUUCACAACUCACGAGUUAUUGUCUCAGCUUUAUAGAUCGAUCAGAGGAAGGGCCAGCCAAACGAGGUGGAAGGAGCGAGCUAGCUAGUCAGCUAAUUAAACAGAGAGAAAAUUAAACUAUCAAACAUGUCUACUGCGUCAAAUUACCAAUCCUACCCUCCUCUGUUUCGUCCAUCCGCAGAAGCAAAAACAGAGGAGGCGUUAAAUCCGGCGGUGGUAAGAGACGCUGACUGCGACGGCGUUCCGGUCAUAGAUUUCGAGUGCAUGACCCACGGGGACGGCUGGGGGGAGAUGAGGGCGGCAUGCAGGCAGUGGGGUUUGUUCAGGCUGGUCAACCACGGAGUCCCAGAAAAGCUUAUGAGUCAAAUGCUCGAACGCACCGACAAGCUGUUUUCCAUGGCGUUUGAAGCCAAGCAAGAAGCUUUCAGGGACGCUGAUAUGUCGUACUUCUGGGGAACUCCGGCCGUCACGCCGUCCGGGGCGGCGGUAGCCUCGAAGAGCAGCCGCAGCCCUCAUUGGAUGGAAGGACUGAACGUGCCACUGAACUGCGUGUCUCAAUAUCUUUGCGAAGAACCGACACCGUUGAAGUCUUUCAGAUCCUUGGUGCAAGAAUAUGGGAAGCAUCAGAGCAGAGUGGGUAAAGCAAUAUACGAAGCACUUGUUUCAGAGAAGGCAAAUUUUGGAGCAAAAACUACCAGUAAUUGCAGCAAAGAACUAGGAAGGGGUGUUAUAAGUUAUCUCUCAGAAGACACAGGAAUUCUGCGCCUAUACCGAUAUCUUCGUUGUAUAUAUGAGAAGGGAGAGGAGGAAGGACAAGCGUGGGGAAUUGAUGCCCACACCGAUAGCUCUCUCCUCUCCAUUAUUCAUCAAGACCUUAUCGGUGGCCUUGAAGUUUACAGCCACCAUCAAUGGAUCCAAGUCAAACCUAUCCCCAACACUCUCAUUGUUAUCAUUGGAGAUAUGAUGCAGGCAAUUAGUGAUAACAAAUAUGCUAGUGCAAAGCACCGGGUGAAGGUGAACAAAGAGAAGGAGAGAAUAUCAAUAGGAUACUUUGUUUUCCCGGAAGAUGAUGUUGUGAUCGAGAGCUCCAACUAUAAGCCCUUCACUUAUGCUGAUUUUAGAGCUCAAGUGCACCGUGAUUUAAUCACCCUCGGCUCUAAGAUUGGACUCCAUAACUUCAUCACACCUUGCAAUUCUGUUUAAUUAAUUCAUACUCCACAUAUAUCUAUAUAUUUUGGGAUUACUGUCUAGUGACCCUUUGAAUCCAGUUCAAUCGUCUUUACACGAUAAUUCAUUUGUAUUUUCAAUUAUUUUUGUAUUAAUAAACAUACUUUCACAUGUUUUUAUUUA